CUGUUUUAAGCUUUCAUCUAAUUACUACGUUCAGCACAUGGGUUUGGUCGCAACAAUCGGUCUAUGUAUAUGUUUUAAGACCAAUCAACAUGCCUUGUUUUAGUGAGCAGACACAGUCCAGAGUCCACAGUAUGUUUGACUAUGGAGUAGCAGUGAUAAAGAAUGUAGUUGACCAAACUGUACAAACACCAUUAAAUUUUAUUUUAAUUUUUAUAUUUUUACCACGUACUUUAUUUCUGCAUGCAUUACUCUGUUUCUAUAAAUAUCAUCAUCACCUUCUCUUCUCCACUUCACGCAUAAGGAAACGUUUUUGCAUGCAGUGAUUCAAGAUGCAUCUCUUCUCUUUUCCUCUUGAUUUCACAUUGCUUGUGAUUAUCAUCACCGGUUUAAUUUUCACCUUCACUCGAUGGAGUUCAAAGACAAAGAAACGUUUAAACCUUCCUCCAGGUCCACCGGGUUGGCCGGUAGUCGGUAACCUAUUCCAGUUCGCGCGCUCGGGGAAACAGUUUUUCGAAUACGCAGAGGAGCUCAAGAAAGCCUACGGCCCGAUCUUCACAGUAAGGAUGGGUACUCGUACGAUGAUCAUCCUCUCCGACGCCGCGCUAGUCCACGAGGCUCUGAUCCAGCGCGGAGCUCUCUUCGCCACCCGACCCGCCGAGAACCCGACCCGAACGAUCUUCAGCUGCGACAAGUUCACCGUCAACGCGGCGAAGUACGGCCCCGUGUGGAGGUCCCUGAGGAGGAACAUGGUCCAGAACAUGCUCUCCUCCGCCCGGCUCAAGGAGUUCGGAUCCGUGAGACGAUCCGCGAUGGAUAAACUCAUCGAGAGGAUCAGAUCGGAAGGUAGAGAUCACGACGGUUUAGUCUGGGUGCUUCGAAACGCGAGAUUCGCCGCGUUUUGCAUCCUGCUGGAGAUGUGUUUCGGAAUCGCGAUGGACGAGGAGUCGAUCGAGAAGAUGGACGAGAUGAUGAAGACGGUGCUGAUGACGGUGGAUCCGCGGAUCGACGAUUACCUCCCGAUCCUCGCUCCCUUCUUCUCGAAACAGAGGAAGCGAGCUCUCGAAGUCCGCCGCGAACAGGUCGAUUUAGUCGUGAGUCUCAUCGAGAGACGAAGGAGAGCGAUUCGGAAUCAAACGGCGCCGUCUUUCUCCUACCUCGACACGCUCUUCGAUUUGAAAGUAGAGGGACGCGAAACGGCGCCGUCCGACGAGGAGAUCGUGACUCUCUGCUCGGAGUUUCUCAACGGAGGUACGGACACGACGGGGACGGCGAUCGAAUGGGGGAUCGCUCAGCUGAUAGCGAAUCCGGAGAUUCAAUCUCGGCUCUACGAUGAGAUUAAAUCGACGGCUGAGGAUCGUCGGAUCGAGGAGAGUGACGUGGACAGAAUGGUCUUUUUGCAAGCGUUCGUUAAAGAGCUUCUCCGGAAACAUCCUCCGACUUAUUUUUCGCUGACGCACGCCGUCAUGGAAACGACGUCGCUCGGGGGUUACGACGUUCCCGCGGGCGUCAACGUCGAGGUUUAUAUCCCCGGUAUAAGCGAGGACCCGAGGAUCUGGUCUAAUCCUAAGAAGUUCGAUCCGGACCGGUUUAUAUCGGGUAAGGAAGAUGCUGACAUAACCGGGAUUAGUGGAGUGAAGAUGAUUCCGUUUGGUGUUGGCCGUCGGAUCUGUCCCGGGCUUGGAAUGGCGACCGUACACGUGCACCUCAUGCUUGCGAGGAUGGUCCAAGAGUUUGAGUGGACCGCUUAUCCGCCCGGAAGCGAGAUUGAUUUCGCCGGUAAAACGGAGUUCGCGGUGGUUAUGAAGAAUCCCUUGAGAGCCAAGGUUAAACCAAGGGUUUGAUAUAUUUUUAAAAUAUCUACUUUUAAGUAUUUUAGUUUUUAUCUUUAAAUUAAAAAUUAAGCAUUCUAAUUUUCCAGUAAUCCUAGAAGCUUCCGUUAAAUAAAUUUAAAUAAAAAACUUAUGCUGUAAAAGGUGAAUUAA